AUUCUGAGACCCUUCGCCUCCAGGUCAGCCAUUUUGUGCAGAGCUGUCAAAUUUUCCCGCCAUGUCAGUGUCACGCGUUUCGUUGUUCGUCGUCAUCGCGCUUUUGUACUUGGAAUGCUGUUAUACAGCCACGAUUCCAAGGAAUUUCGAAGGUCGCAUGUCAGAAGAAAUGAUCAUGACUCCUAAGAAGAGGCCAUUCUGCAACGCAUUUACUGGUUGUGGACGCAAGAGGUCCCAACAAUCUCCCGGAAUGCCUGCGCAAGAGUUGAUGAGGCAGAAACAGUAUGUCGAUGAUGAAGCUUUCGGCACGAUUUUGGACUCGGAGGCUGCCAUCGAAGAACUGUCCCGACAAAUUCUAUCUGAAGCCAAGUUAUGGGAGGCCAUUCAAGAGGCCAGCGCCGAAAUAGCAAGGAGGAAACAAAAAGAAUCGUAUUAACUCGAUUACAACGAUGUAUCGAUACCGUAGCGUUUCAAUCGAUUAGAAAUUAAAAAAUAAACUGUUAACCAAUACUCGGCUACGGUUAAUGUUGCCAUUUAGUUAUAGUAAUGUUGCGAGACGAAAAAAGUCGGCCAUCUUGUUUUUUAACUGUCAUAUUUUUUUUCUUUAAACCGGGUAACACGAAUUUGUUAGAAUUUCUUUACAAUAUAAAUACAUACUCGUUAAGAAAAACUUUGACAAAAGAAUACAAUUUAAAUAAAAAUUACACUUAUACUGAGUAACUUACAAAAACGUUAAUCUAUACCUAAGUUAAGUUUAUGUUUUGUUAAAUAAUAGAAUCAGAUGUAUAACUUUGCGGAAAUCUAUGGCAUAAAAUGUUUAGAAAUAUAUGUAGCGUUAAUUUCCAAGAGACAGUUAAUGUGUUAAUAGGUAUUAUCUAACUCUAAUUAAUGUCAACAUUACCUGAGUACGUAGUGUGAGUUUUGAAAGUUAACUUUGUCGAAAAAUUACACUGAUCUACAGCAUAUUUGUUGCAAAGGUGAAAUAUACCUAUAAUAUCUUGUAGAAUAUUUGAUUGGAUCGAGUCCAGGACAUGAUCUCUAAAUCCCGAUGUGCUAGUGCAACUUUAUGUUCUGCACUUCGAUUACGUAUUAAAUAUUUUACAAGAAAUUAUAUAUUUCACCAAAAUAAUAAUUUGUAAACAGCUAUCUGUGGAGAUCUAAGGGGGAGGCCUAUGUUCAGCAGUGGACGUCCUAUGGCUGAGAUGAUGAUGAUGAAACUAGUGUCAUCAUACAACUUAAUUACGUAGCAUUCAUAUUAGAACUGUUUAUUUAAUAAAAACUGUCAUUUACACUUGGUCGCAUUAUAAACGCGCUCACUUACGAAAUAGUAAACGUUAUUAUCCGGCAAAAUGAAUGAAGGUGUGAUAUUCAAAUGAUGUGAUGUAGCAUAAUGACUCUUUAAUUCAACCGAGUAAUAAUUACGUAUCGAGAGAGUUAACUUUGAAAACUCGGAAACAAACUUUGUAUUUUUGACGUUCAUAAGUUCUUGUAAAGGGUACCGAGUCUAACCAAGGGGUAUCGGGUUGCCAUGGUAACUGGGUUGAGGAGAUCAGAUAGGCAGUCGCUCCUUGUAAAGCACUGGUACUCAGCUGCAUUCGGUUAGACUGGAAGCCGACCCCAACAUAGUUGGGAAAAGGCUCGGAACAUGAUGUAGUGCUUGUAAAGGCCUAAAUGAAAUAAAAUUAUUUGACUUUGAAUCAAUACUGAAGAUGCCUCGAUUAACUGACUCGAGUAAAUUAACGCUACAUAUUUUUCCAAACAUUCUAUACAUGUUUUUGUUUUAUAUUUUUAAGUAGCCAACUAGGAGGUGACUUAGUAAUAAUUAUAAUUAUUAUAGUACUAGUUAUAGUUAGUUUUUUGAUGCCAAUAAAUUCGAGAAGGAUUAAAAUAUCCAG